AUGACUGGUGACUACACCCAGGAGCCAGCACAUUCUGAUGAAAGAAGUCUUGAGAAAACACACAAUCGAGACUUGUUGGCGAAACAAUGUGAUGCUCGCAUCCUCCCCUGGAGACCACUGGUAUUAUGUCCUGCCAUUCGAGGACACCACCUACAUAGGACUCCCCCAGACACCACCUACACAACACCAUCACCUACCCUAGACACCACCUACACAACAUCAUCACCUGCCCUAGACACCACCUACACAACAUCAUCACCUACCCUAGACACCACCUACACAACACCAUCACCUGCCCUAGACACCACCUACACAACACCAUCACCUGCCCUAGACACCACCUACACAACACCAUCACCUGCCCUAGACACCACCUACACAACAUCAUCACCUACCCUAGACACCACCUACACAACACCAUCACCUGCCCUAGACACCACCUACACAACACCAUCACCUGCCCUAGACACCACCUACACAACACAAUCACCUGCCCUAGACACCACCUACACAACACCAUCACCUGCCCUAGACACCACCUACACUACACCAUCACCUGCCCUAGACACCACCUACACAACACCAUCACCUACCCUAGACACCACCUACACAACACCAUCACCUACCCUAGACACCACCUACACAACACCAUCACCUGCCCUAGACACCACCUACACAACACCAUCACCUGCCCUAGACACCACCUACACAACACAAUCACCUGCCCUAGACACCACCUACACAACACCAUCACCUACCCUAGACACCACCUACACAACACCAUCACCUGCCCUAGACACCACCUACACAACACAAUCACCUGCCCUAGACACCACCUACACAACACCAUCACCUGCCCUAGACACCACCUACACUACACCAUCACCUGCCCUAGACACCACCUACACAACACCAUCACCUACCCUAGACACCACCUACACAACACCAUCACCUGCCCUAGACACCACCUACACAACACAAUCACCUGCCCUAGACACCACCUACACAACACCAUCACCUGCCCUAGACACCACCUACACAACAUCAUAA